AUGCUGUCUACGUAUAAAUUUUAUAUUAUCUCCCCUUUUUUAGCUGUUUUAGAUAUUACUAUCCUAAGCUUAAAAUUUCUUAUUAUAUUAAAGAAGAAAAUGACCGAUAUAAUUUCAAGUGCUACAAAGCCCGUCAAGGACACCGUCUCCGACAAACCAGGAGAAGGUGGCGGCGAUGAUAAUCAAACCAACCUUAUCGACUCUACCCAACAGAAGGUCUCUGACACUACAAGUCAAGCCACAGGCACUGUCAAUUCCGUCAAGGAAAAUGUUCAAGAAAAGACUGGUGAAGUGACCGACCAGGUGUCAUCAACUGUGCCAGGGUCCGAACUUGUGACUUCAAAACUUAAAGAGUUGACAGGGUCACACAAGCUCAACGAUAGCGGCCAGGUGACUGACAAGGCUGGAAAUGUGCUAGCCACUUUCAAAGAAGGAAGUGGUCAAUUGAAACGCAUUGCUGGCAAGAAGGUUGAUAUUGACGAGUUGGGAAAUUUGACAAGAAAGGGCAAGAAGCUUGGUUCCAUUGAGCCUGUUCUUGACGAUGCUCAACAGAAAGCCACUGACACAACAAAUCAAGCCACCGACACUGUCAAGUCUGCCAAGGACGAUGUGCAAGACAAGGCCGGUGAAGCGGCCGACCAGGCUUCAUCAUCUGUGCCAGGGUCCGACCUCGUAACUUCCAAACUUAAAGAGUUGAAAGGGACAUAUAAGCUCAACGAUAGCGGCCAGGUGACUGACAAGGCUGGAAAUGUGCUAGCCAAUUUCAAAGAAGGAACUGGUCAAUUGAAGCGUAUUGCUGGCAAGAAGGUUGAUAUUGACGAGUUGGGAAAUUUGACAAGAAAAGGCAAGAGUCUUGGUUCCAUUGAGCCUGUUCUUGACAAUGCUCAACAGAAAGCCACUGACACAACAAGUCAAGCCACUGACACUGCCAAGUCCGCCAAGGACAAUGUCCAAGACAAGGCCGGUGAUGUGAAAGGCAAGACCGGUAAAGUGGCCGACCAGGCUUCAUCUUCUGUGCCAGGGUCCGAACUUGUGACUUCAAAACUUAAAGAGUUGACAGGGUCACACAAGCUCAACGAUAGCGGCCAGGUGACUGACAAGGCUGGAAAUGUGCUAGCCACUUUCAAAGAAGGAAGUGGUCAAUUGAAACGCAUUGCUGGCAAGAAGGUUGAUAUUGACGAGUUGGGAAAUUUGACAAGAAAAGGCAAGAGUCUUGGUUCCAUUGAGCCUGUUCUUGACAAUGCUCAACAGAAAGCCACUGACACAACAAGUCAAGCCACUGACACUGCCAAGUCCGCCAAGGACGAUGUAAAAGGCAAGACUAGUGAUGUGCAAGGCAAGACCGGUGACGUGAAAGGCAAGGCCGGUAAUGUGGCCGACCAGGCUUCAUCAUCUGUGCCAGGGUCCGACCUCGUAACUUCCAAACUUAAAGAGUUGAAAGGGACAUAUAAGCUCAACGAUAGCGGCCAGGUGACUGACAAGGCUGGAAAUGUGCUAGCCAAUUUCAAAGAAGGAACUGGUCAAUUGAAACGCAUUGCUGGCAAGAAGGUUGAUAUUGACGAGUUGGGAAAUUUGACAAGAAAAGGCAAGAGUCUUGGUUCUAUUGAGCCUGUUCUUGACGAAGAUAACGAGUCUGAUGAAUCCGGAGGCUCUGAUGACGACACUGAUGACGAGGAGCAAUCAUUGGAAGGCGGAACUGUCCGUGAAGACGGAAAGGUUGUCAACGAUGAAGAUGAAGUGGUAGGCCAGGUCGUUGAAGGGUCUUACAAGAAGCUUGAACGGUUAGUUGGCCGAAAGGUGACUUCUGAUCACACUAUUGUCAAUAAAAAAGGGAAGGAAUUGGGCACUGUCGAACCAAUUGACGAUGAUUCUGAUGACGACUCUGAUGACGAGUCUGAUGAUUCCGAGGACGAGUCUGAUGAUGAAGAACAAUCGUUGGAAGGCUACACUGUUCGUGAAGACGGAAAGGUGGUCAACGAUGAAGACGAAGUGGUAGGCCAAGUUGUCCAAGGUUCUUACAAAAAGCUUGAACGAUUAGUAGGCCGAAAGGUGACUUCUGAACACACCAUUGUCAAUAAAAAAGGCAGGGAGUUGGGCACUGUCGAACCAAUUGACAAUGAAUCUGAUGAUGACUCUGAUGACGAUUCUGAUGACGACACUGAUGACGACACUGAUGACGACACUGAUGACGAGGAGCAAUCAUUGGAAGGCGGAACUGUCCGUGAAGACGGAAAGGUUGUCAACGAUGAAGAUGAAGUGGUAGGUCAAGUCGUUGAAGGGUCUUACAAGAAGCUUGAACGGUUAGUUGGCCGAAAGGUGACGUCUGAUCACACUAUUGUCAAUAAAAAAGGGAAGGAAUUGGGCACUGUCGAAGCGCUAGAAAAAUAA